CCCGGUUGAGUACAAAAAGUACACAUAUAUGCUGGAUUGAGCCGACGAAUCAUGUUUCACUUUUUCAAUAAAAGUGACUGAAUUUUUUUUUCCUUGCUUAAGCGCUGACAGCCAAAAACUUUUUUUGACAAGCAGCCCAAACUUUUUUUUUUUUGCUUUUCACAUUCACAAGAAAAACGAACGAUCUGUCCCGCAAGUCCUGUUCUUUUUCCCCAUUUCGAAUUUUUUGAAGCAACAACUCUUUUUCUUUUUUUACCCCGACUUUAACGUACCCAACAACAACAACAACAAUGGGAUUUGAAGGACGUGGUGGCGGUCGAGGCGGUCGUGGCGGUGGCCGCGGCGGAUUUGGUGGUGAUCGAGGCGGUCGUGGCGGUGGCCGUGGAGGAUUCGGUGGUGAUCGAGGUGGCCGAGGCGGUGGCCGCGGUGGAUUCGGUGGUGAUCGCGGUGGCCGUGGCGGUGGCCGUGGAGGCCGUGGCGGUGGCCGAGGUGGAGGCGUCGGUGCCAAGGGUGGUAACAAAGUAAUCAUCGAACCCCAUCGUCACGAGGGCAUUUUCAUUGCCCGAGGCAAGGAAGACUUGUUGGUCACCAAGAACUUGGUGCCUGGUGAAUCCGUAUACGGUGAAAAGCGUAUCUCGAUCGACGGCCCCGAAGGCACCAAGAUUGAAUACCGUGUAUGGAACCCUUUCCGUUCAAAGUUGGCCGCUGCUGUGCUUGGUGGUGUCGACCAUAUCCACAUUGCACCCGGUAAGAAGGUCUUGUACUUGGGUGGUGCUUCUGGUACCUCUGUCUCGCACGUUGCCGAUGUGGUUGGUCCCGAAGGUGCUGUCUAUGCUGUCGAAUUCUCUCACCGUUCCGGUCGUGACUUGAUCAACAUGGCCAAGAAGCGUACCAACGUUGUCCCCAUUGUCGAAGACGCUCGUCAUCCUCACAAGUACCGCAUGCUCGUCCCCAUGGUCGAUGUCAUCUUUGCCGAUGUCGCCCAGCCCGAUCAGGCCCGUAUCAUUACCUUGAACGCCCACAACUUCUUGAAGAAUGAUGGCCAUAUUGUUAUUUCGAUCAAGGCGUCGUGUAUCGACUCGACGGUGGAUGCUUCUACCGUGUUUGCCCGUGAAGUCAAGAAGCUCCAGGAAGAACGUGUCAAGCCCCAAGAACAGUUGACGCUGGAACCAUACGAAAGAGAUCACGCUGUAGUGGUUGGCAAAUAUGUCCGAAGCAAAUAAUUUAUAUUUAUUAUCCAUUACAUGCCACAGCUUACCAACACGUACACCGUCUCAAUUCCUGCAACUCACAUCGUUUCAAACAUCUGAUAUGCCUCUCUCUCUUUAUCUCUCACUGCACACGCACACACACACACACACACGCACGCACUUACACGCUCAUUGUAUAAGCACAGUCGCUAUUUUCUUUUCUUCUUAUUAUUUCAUUCAGUCAUCCCCAUCUUUCUCUUCUUUUGUUUCUUCUUCUUUACUGUAGUAGAUGUCGCUUUUUGUUGUAAAUAAAAAAAAAGGCAAAAAUUCAACAAAAAAGCUUAUCAUCAACAGAAUCAACUGGUUCUUUUUCUUUUUUUUUGGUAUAGUGGAGAAGGGUAACACAAAAGGUGGGUUAAAGUAUCCAAUGAGAUUCAGCGUGGUGUUAGCAAG